AUGGCACGCUCAGCAGAGCUUACGCCUGCUAUACGUGAGCGUAUAUGCGAACUCCAUGCUAUUGGAUGGGGGUAUAAGCGUAUUCACAAGCGCUAUCCCAACAUUUCCCUUUCUACAAUUCGAUAUACGGUGAAAAAGGAGAGCGAGCGACGAGAAGGGGUGUCGAAGCCGCGAUCUGGGAGGCCCAAAAAGCGUACUGAGGCCGAUAAAGAUCGGAUUUUGGACGCUACGCAUGAAGACCCGAAGAAUAUGGCUGAAGGAACACCUUCUAGCUGA